CCCGCCCGCCCCGUGCAUGGCCCAGCUAUGGAGGUGGUGGACGAGACGGAGGCUCUGCAGCGCUUCUUUGAAGGUCAUGAUAUCAAUGGAGCUCUGGAGCCUUCCAACAUUGAUACCAGCAUUUUGGAAGAGUACAUCAGCAAGGAAGACUCACCAGAUAUAUGUUUCCCUGACAUCCCUGCCUCAGCCAGCUACGCACACGCCCAGCCUUCUAGUUCUGCCACUGCCAAUGCUUCUGUGGCCAGCUCGAUCUCCAGUGCUGGUCAUGUGAACAACUCAGUGUCCACAGGCUCACUCCACCUUGGUCCCCCGGGUAGCCAAGUCCCGGUCCGUCAUGGUCCUCUUUUGCCCAACCCCUGUGGACCCAGCUACAGUGCUCACCUUAACUGCAAUAAUAACAAUGGCAUGGUAGUGCCCAAGGGGUACCUCAGCGGCCACUGCCUGAAUAACGUGGUCCCUCCAAUCAAAGCGGAGCCCAAGGCCUCCUAUGCACCUGGCACUUUACCUGACUCUCCCCCGGACUCCGGAUCAGAAGCGUACUCCCCUCAGCAGGUGAAUGAUCCUCACCUCCUUCGGACCAUGACCCCUGAGAACAUGUGCCACAUGACCCCCCCUUCCCGGUUGGAGCACCCUCCUCCACCUCCUCCACCCCCGCCUCCUCACCUCCAGGGCCCCCCACCUCCUCCACCGCCUCCACCCCAUCCACACCAGCCGCCGCCGCACAACCCCCACUAUCCCAGCAUGCAGCGGGACAUGUACAUGAAGGCUGAGCCGCUGAUGCCACCAUAUGGCAUGGGGCAGGGUGUGUCGCCUGGUGAUCUCCACCAUGCCCAGCAGUCCCAGAUGCUUCACCAGUUACUUCAGCAGCACGGAGCUGACCUCCCAGUGCACCCUGCCAAGAAGAGGAAACACUCCGAGUCGCCCCCCAAUACCCUUAAUGCGCAGAUGCUCAACGGGAUGAUAAAACAGGAGCCAGGUAUGGGGUCUGUGCCACUCAGCCUUGACAGAGUCCAAACGCCUCCCUGGCACCAACAGGGGGCACUCUCACCAGGCCUGGUUCAAGAUAAUGACAGCCUAAAUGGCUCUUACCUGGAUCCCAACUACCAGUCCAUAAAGUGGCAGCCACACCAGCAGAACAAGUGGGCAACUCUGUACGAUGCCAACUACAAGGAGCUCCCUAUGCUAACCUACCGGGUGGAUGCAGACAAAGGGUUCAACUUCUCAGUGGGUGAUGAUGCCUUUGUGUGCCAGAAGAAGAACCACUUUCAAGUCACAGUGUACAUCGGCAUGCUUGGAGAUCCUAAGUAUGUGAAGACGCCAGAGGGCCUGAAACCCCUUGAGUGCUUCUAUCUGAAACUGCAUGGAGUCAAGCUAGAGGCCUUGAACCAGUCGAUCAACAUAGAACAGUCGCAGUCUGAUCGUAGCAAACGUCCCUUCAACCCUGUCACGGUCAACCUGCCUUCUGAGCAGGUUACAAAGGUCACUGUGGGGCGGUUGCACUUCAGCGAGACCACAGCCAAUAACAUGAGGAAGAAAGGCAAGCCUAACCCUGACCAGAGGUACUUCAUGCUGGUUGUGGCCUUGCAGGCACAUGCCCAAAAUCAAAACUACACGCUCGCAGCCCAUAUCUCUGAGCGCAUCAUUGUCAGAGCCUCAAACCCAGGACAGUUUGAGAGUGACAGUGAUGUUCUCUGGCAGCGGGCUCAGCUCCCUGACACUGUCUUUCACCAUGGCCGAGUUGGCAUCAACACCGACCGCCCUGAUGAAGCCCUUGUGGUUCACGGCAAUGUGAAAGUCAUGGGUUCACUGAUGCACCCAUCUGAUAUCCGCGUGAAAGAGGACAUCCAGGAGGUGGACACCACUGAACAGCUGAAGAGGAUCUCCCGUAUGCGCCUGGUGCACUAUAACUACAAGCCAGAGUUUGCUGCCACCAUGGGGAUUGAAAAUACCCUAGAGACAGGUGUCAUUGCUCAGGAAAUAAAAGAGAUUCUCCCAGAAGCUGUGAAAGACACUGGGGACCUGGUCUUCGCCAAUGGGAAGACCAUUGAGAACUUCCUGGUGGUGAAUAAGGAGCGGAUCUUCAUGGAGAACGUUGGGGCGGUGAAGGAACUUUGCAAAUUGACCGACAACUUGGAGACCCGCAUCGAUGAGUUGGAGAGGUGGAGUCACAAACUAGCCAAGCUCAAGCGCUUAGACAGUAUGAAGUCGACUGUCAGCUCUGGGGCCUUCAGCCAAGCAGGAAGUCAGUUCAGCCGUGCAGGAAGUGUUCCCCACAAAAAAAGGCCCCCCAAAAUGGCUAGCAAGUCCCCGUCUCCUGUCACGGAACAAGCCUGCAUCAGCCAGCGCUUCCUCCAGGGUACCAUCAUCGCUCUGGUCAUCAUCAUGGCAUUCAGUGUGGUGUCCAUGUCCACUCUCUACGUGCUGAGCUUGCGCAAUGAGGAGGACUUGGCAGAUAUUGAUGGAUCAAAUCAGAACUUUGACAAGACAGAGGUUGUACGUUCUACUAUGUCACCCAGUACACCCAGCAACGGAGCCCCCUUACACAUCACAACAAACAUGCACAACUUGCCACAUGGCAUGUCCAGCCAAAGUGUGCUAGCAUGCUUCAGCCCUCCAUGCUUCUCCAUCUGCUGUUCUGCUACUCCCACCAAUGCAUCCUCUGUUGCUGUCUCUGAGACCAGCCCCACACAUGCCACCAACCGGACAGACCAAAGCCACACAUCACUUCUGCCAGUGACGAACAUCAAAGCCAAAUCCAGGGGCAUCACUGGGAAAGUGAUGUCCCACACAAAGUGGACAAAGAACCCUGAGAGAUCGCAGGGCUUUGGCAGCCCCAAUGCCAGCCCGUCCUCCCCCUUCACCCACAUCCAGAGCAAGUCCAAGUACAUCUCCCAGCUCUCACUGUCCCGCAACAGCUUCCCACAAGGGCAGGCCCGGCAGCAACGCAGCGUCAGCCCAUCAGGGAGUGAGCAACCCCAGGUGGCAGGCUCAAGUCCUUUACUCCACUCCAUACAGAUUGUAGAAAUUGGCAUGGCCAUCACAUCCCAGUACUGUGCAACUAGCGACACAUGCAGGAUGGGAAACCUCACCUACCGCAUUCCCAUCAGCCAGCUCACAGCAGUGAACACCAACAUGACCUUGGAGAUGAAUGCCUCUUCGGCUGUGUCCAUCUACCUUUGUGGCAUUGACUCCAGCAGGCCGUGUCAGGAUGCCGUGAGUGUCGACAGCUCCACCAGUACAACAGGGACCCAGGAAAGGAUGCAUCGUUGGCCUAUAGUAAUGCUGUCAUUCCAGGAAUUCACCUACCACUUUCGGGUAGCCUGGCCUGGCUACACCAACUGUAGUGCCACAACUGAGCAAAUGGGACAUCGUUUCACUGACUAUUAUUUCCAGUUUUAUUGGCUCUGCAAGUGAAUCCUGGCUGCACCAGUGCCCUUUAAUGGGACAGAGGAAGGGAACUGGUAAAAUCUUCUAGACUGCUCCAUACCUUCCUCUGUGAACUCCCAAGUCCCAUUGUGCUCCUGCCUUCCUCUCUAGACUCCAAACUGGAGACAACAUAGACACUGAGUGCAAAACAAGCAAGGAACAUGGAACAGUGCAACUGCGCCACAAUACCUAUAAACACCAUAUCCCACAAUACCCUGAGGAACUCUUUCCCUCCUCUCUUGCUCCCUCCCUUACAACACUGGAUCUAAGAGUGUUACACUGGAUCGAGCAUGGACAGGUUUAUCCCAGCCCCUCAGAGCUGUGACUGCAGCAUGGCUGGCAACUCCAGCCUGAGUGGGCCCAUUGCUUUUUGAAGCAAUGCAGCAGCUCUCUGCAACACUGGAAUUUGUUGUCAACACUGGAGCGCUUUUUAAUGCAGAAGCACUGGAAUUCCUUCUGGACAUACUGGAAAUCAGACACUGGAGUUGCUGUUCUUGCUGGUCAGCCAGCAGUCGUUUCCCUGCAUUCCUGAUUUCCUGGACUCUAAAUGAAGCCAAAACCCAUAACUGAAGGCUUCUCACACACAGACAUGCACUCUGCCAAGAGCAGAACCAGGGAGGCCACAGAAUUCCUCUUGAUCCCUUUGCUCCCUCCCUGUUUCCUACACUCCAUGAAGAGCAGGCCUGGAUGGACAGACUUCCCAGAUAAACUGCUCAGACUAUGCUGAAGCCAUUCCUUGUGCAGGCAAGGGGUUGUUUGUGUUAUCUCCUUUCCUAAAGAUGUGGGAAAAGAGGCUUCUCAGGUCCAGAAGCAGUCACCCAUCUGCCUGAGGCUCCAGUUUGCAGGGGCUCCUUACUGGAGCCUGCACUUAUUUCAGUCAUUGGAUGGAUGUGGAGGCUGUCCUGUUCCAACAGUGAAGACAGCAAUGCAGAAUGGGGGAAAGGCUGCUAGACAGCCAGGUGGGCUGGGUUUACAGUAUCUUCUGGUGCAUACAGAGCUGUUCCCCAAGGGGGUCUCUGCCAAAUCCAUUCUCCUACCCUGAGGAUUUCCUGCAGGAGGGGCCAGCAAAAGUGACUGUAGGCCCUGUUGCCCGUUGGCCUGCCGAGUGUGCUGGGUGUUUUACUGUUACAAGGUCUUAACUUGCUAAACUACUGACUUUUUAAAGCAGUAUAAAAAUAGGCCUCUUACUCGUCAUUUUUGACCUAUUUUCGUCUUACAUAGGAAACCAAAGGGGGCUGGUGCUUUACCCUGUCUGGAAGCCUGAGAACUGUCCUGGUACUGUGGCAGUAGGGCUUGUCAGACUUUGACAAAUACAGUCAGUUCCUGGCUGCUCCUUUCCCUUUUCCCCCACUCCGUCACAGGAAGGAAGUUUCUGCCUUUCUGGAGUCAGGAGCCAUACCAGACUGCUACUUCAAGAGGGGAAUUAAGGCAACUGGGGAGGAAACACCGUUCUUCCAUCCUCAACCAAACUAGAAAGCUCCUCUAGGAGAAACAGUCUUACCUGUGGCACAGUCUCAUCACCUGAUGUAGGCAGCUUUAACCAAACUGGGGAUGGGCACCUGUGUCAGGGGCCAGGUACUAAGGCAGGAGCCAUGAUUACCAUCCCUUGCCUUUAGUGAAGACAAACUCAGCCAUCCAACUGCUGGCUCAGGUCACACCUCUGGAAAGAAUGCAUGGCUUCAAAUUACUUUGGUUCACCACCAGCUGGCACUGUUGCUGCAGGAAAACAGCUGCACACUUUUUGGCCAAAUGUAGAAAUGGUUCCUAUACGGACUCCAGGAACCUCCCCACCCUCUUGCCCCAGCUGAGAAUCAUAGACAAGUUAGGCUGCCAGGGACCUCAGGAGUCCCACCACUUGCUCAAGGCAGGAUCAUCCUUGUCUAAUCAGCCUAGACAAGAAUUAACAUCUUCAGGAACAAAUCCUCACACAACCAACCAGGCAUAAUGCCCAAAACAUCAUAAAUACCCUCUAACUUACUACAGAUAAAACAAGGGGAUGGGGGCAUUAGUUUAUUUGGGGGAUAAGAAACAACCAGGAGAUCCGGUUGUUUCUCUCUAAGUCUGCAAUGCCUGAUUACUUCAGUGGGAGUCAGAGGGCAACUCUCCUAAGGGUCAGCCCUGGCUUUCAAUUCCCACUCUGGUCCUGAAAGCAGAAUUCUGUUAACCAUAUAGUAAUGAUCUAUUUACUAAAAUGCACUUAAAAACUGGCGGGGAGGAACAAGAGAGUGAGUAUUGAAUAUGUGGCAACUAGGGCAGGCCUGUGCUACUCCAGGCAUCACAGUAGAGAAGAACAGAAGGCCCCUAUAUGCCCACAGUCACUGCUCCAUUCUUAAUAGGACUCUGUGAUCCUGUCAGCAGCUUACAAAGUUCUCCAAUGCAACUCUGGAAAAGACACUUGAUGCUUUUACAUUGAUUUCCGUGCUUGCCUUGAACUCUGCUGGCCUUAAGCUGGGAAAUUUCUUAUAUGGCAGCUUUUGUUCACUGUUUGGCAAUCAGUGGCCCCAAUCUUGCAAACACCUGCUCAAGUGAGUAAUCUCAUAUAUCCUGCUGAGAGCACUCAAUUGAGGGUUAACACUAUCGUGUUCAGCCAGUAUUUUUCCUCUCUGUUUUGAACAGAGUGGAAUUGAAUGCCUGUACUUUAAAUAAAGGCAGAGCUGUCCUUACACACUGUUGGGACCAGGGUUGAAGACACUGCAAUCACCACCAAACAAUCCCCUCCCUUCCCCCCAGUGGUGUUCUCAGAGGGAAUGGCUGAUAGCAGUUAGGAGGAUCCAUAGGUGCAUUUCACAUCUCUACAAAAGAAGGCACCUGCUGGGGGGGGCAAUCACUGGAAGUUGAAUAUCAGUGGUGGAAAGCUGCAUGCUAGUGGAAGUGUGCUGAUGUAGUGCCAGUAUCCCCUGGUGCUCCAGCAUAGAAUCAGUCAGUACUUUCAUCCAAUGCCAGUUUUGAACGCUUGCAGUAACUUCUCUAGCACCUUUUCCUGUCAACAUGACCUAUAUGCAGGGGCGGCAGGUGAGAUGUGUAACACAUGCUCUGGGAUGGCUCAACAAGGAUGGCUGGUUAGUUUCUCAGUACUGUGUUCACUUCCCCUUCCAAAGGUCAAGGCAAUAAUUAAAAUCUAGGGGUGAGUCCUACUCACUCCAAACCAUUUUAAAGCAAAAAUGGCAGUGGCUAGCUAACAUCUUAGGUAUUUCCAAGAUGCAAUAAAAACAGAUUCCAAAUGUGCUUUUAUGAUUUCUUACAUUUUAUAGCACCUUUCAUCCUAAAAGUAAUUUACAAACUACAUACAGAUCUUGUCAGCAGUGACAGAAUGGUAUGUCAGCUAAGCAGGAACCAGAGUCUCACAGGAGUGCGGUACAUUUGUUAGCAGGUAAAAUGUCACAUGCUGGCAUCAGUCCAUAGAAAUGAUUGUGCUCUGUGGAGACCACCAGAGAAAGUUGUCUCUGCUUUACUCACCUGCAGCAAGAGAUGUUUUUACCUCUUUGAAAAUAGUAACAGCAAGAGUUAACAAUCAGGCCUUUCCCUGCAUGAGACAGAGGGAGCUCUGAGCUACUGUUUCCAACCUUGCAAGCAGGGAGCAACUUUCUCUCUGUUUCUGGAAACCUGAAGCUCCAUCUCUUUAGACAUCCUUGGCUGGGAGGAAGACAAGUGUGAACACAGAGCCACUUUCUGAAGUUUGGCUGUUUUGGAGUUUGUUUCAAAAGCAAAUUCAUAAGCCUUUUGGCCUCCUGUUAAAGCUUAAAAGCCUGUAAAUAGAAAUUGCGCUGCCACCACUGCACAGAUUAAGGAAAAAGUUAAGCACUAAUUUGUUUGGUUUAAGUGUUGCUGUCACAGCUUUAAUCACUGUAUAUUGCCAGCAGAUUUGUAGAGUUACAUUCUUAGCAGAUGUUAUUAAUGAUUAUUUGUUUUUUUUUGCUCUGGGGGAAAGCCUGGCUUCCCCCUUUUCUCUUUGAUUUGUAUUUAUAUUUUGCUGAAUUUUGGGGUGCUGGUUCUCAGGACUCCCCAACUUUUUGUUUGGCUUAUCUAGACUUAUGUUUUAUGCUGGAGGUAAAUAUACCGAUAUAAAUAAAUAUAUAAAUACU